AUGUCGAAAGCAGCUAUCAGCUGGGUUAUUUUAUUACUGGUCGUUUGUAUACCAUUAGUGAAUAGUCGUUUAACUACUAAUUUAAAAAAUGGUGUCAAUGGUGGUGUAGAUUGUGCAACAUGUUCGAUUCUUUUGGGAAUUGUUGAUCAUCUUACAAUUGUUUAUAAUGAAAGUGCUGCUCAAUCACUUGAACGACUUUGCUCAUUUUUACCAGAUGAAUAUCAACUUUAUUGUAAAGCUGCUGUUGACUUUUUAGGUCCAUAUAUUAUCGAUGGUUUUAUCAAAGGAGAUAAUCCUGAUGUUAUUUGUCAUGCAUUAAAAUUCUGUACAGAUGAACCUGAUCAAGCUAAAUGUCGUAUUUAUCCAUCAAAAUCUCCAAUUCUAUUUGCUCAACGUGUUUUAAAUUUUCGUCAACGACAUCCAUUAAUUAGUUUAAAUUUAAAAGAUUCAAAAAUUUGUCAAAUUCCUGGUAUUAAAGAAAUUUGUAAAAUUUUAGAGAAUAUUUUCAAUAAUCAUAUGCCAGCAGUUGAUAUUGAUGAAGAUAGAUUUGGUAUAGAAGCAACACUUCGUGGUAGUUCAUGGCGUGGAAAAGAUUGUAAUGAUUUUUCAUCAGCAAUUCAUCCGGGUGCUCAUGUUGUUGAUGGUGAUGGUAUUACAGAUCAUAAUUGUAAUGGUAUAUAUGGUAUGAAUUCAGCAAGUGGAAAACCUUGGGAAGAUGAAUUUUGUAAUGAAACACAACGUAUGGGUAUAGCAGUAUUAGGUGAUUCAAUAUCUGCUCAUUUUCAUCUUCCUGAACAAUGGUUAGAUGCUAAACAAUUAUCUGUAGCUGCAUUUGAACAUUUAACAUUUAUUCUUGAAAAUGAACUUGAUUGGCCUCAAUUAUCGGCAAGUACAGGUCAUAUAAAUGUUAGUUGGCCAAAUAUUGAAGGUCCAACUCGUUCAUUAUAUGCACGUUUAUUUGAUCUUGAUCAUUGUAAUCAUCGUGAUUAUCAAAAUAUUGCAGUUAAUGGAGCUCGCAGUGGUUCUAUGCUUGAUAUUAUGAAAUCGUUAUCACGUAAUCAAAAAAAUGAUGUACCACUUCUUGUCAUUUAUUCAUUAGUUGGUAAUGAUGUUUGUAAUGGUCAUCCCGAUACUCUCGAUCAUAUGACUACAGUAGAAGAAAUGGAAAAAAAUGUUUUAACAACACUUACAUAUCUUGAUACAGUCUUACCAAAAGGUAGUCAUGUACUUACAACUGGUUUAGCUAAUGGUAGUUUUUUAUAUGAAUUAUUACAUGAUCGUAUUCAUCCAUUUGGUCGUGUUGGUACACCAAUUUCUUAUACGCAGAUUUAUGAUUAUUUAUCUUGUUUACAAAUUUCACCUUGCAAUGGAUGGAUGACAUCAAAUGCAACACUUCGUGUAUUGACUACACAACGUGCUAUGGACUUAUCUGCAGCAAUAAGAAAUGUUUCAUAUUCUUAUAAAUCAACUCAAUAUGAUAUUGAAUAUCUUGAUUUUCCAUUUGAUGAUGUUAUUCAAGAAUGGAUAGCUCAAGGUGGUGAACCAUGGCAAUUAAUUGAAAGUGUUGAUGGUUUUCAUAUUAAUCAAUAUGGACAUGCAAUUGUUUCUGAUGUUCUUUGGAAAUGGUUACAAAAAAAUAAACCACAAUGGUUACCACUAAUCAAUCCACAUAAUGCAGACAUUGAACGUGUUUUUAAAGAUCAAGAUUGUGAUGAUGUAUAUAGUCAACAACCAUCACUUGUUCACGAAGGAAUUUUUCGUAUAAAACCACGUUUUGCAUCUGAAUCAUUUGAUGUUAAAUGUAUAUUUGAAAAUAAUAUAGGAUGGACAGUUAUUCAACACAGAAUAAAUGGUACAAUUGAUUUUUAUCAUGGAUGGAAUGAUUAUAAAAAUGGUUUUGGUGAUUUACGAACAGAAUUUUGGUUAGGAAAUGAAAAAAUUCAUCUAUUAACAAAUCAAGGAAAAUAUAUUCUUCGAAUUGAUUUGCAACCUUGGGAUUCUCAUAUACGUAUAGCUGAAUAUGGUCAAUUUGCUUUAGAUAAUGAAAGUCAAAAUUAUAAAUUACAAAUAUCACAAUUUCGUUCAAAUAUAUCAACAGCUGGUGAUUCACUUUCAUCAUCAUGGGAUAAUGCUAAUGGAAUACCAUUUUCUACAUAUGAUCAUGAUUAUGAUAAUUUAUUUUAUGAUAAUUGUGCAUUAACUUAUCAUGGUGCAUGGUGGUUUACGAAUUGUUUUCAAUCUCAUCUAAAUGGUGCUUAUAUACGAUCACCACUUGCUUUACAAAAUACUGCAAGAAAUGGUUUACAUUGGAAUUCAUAUGCAUUGUAUCAUUCAAUGAAACACACAACAAUGCGUAUUCGACGACAAAAUACAUUUGAAAUGAAUUAA